AUGGGGAUAUUGGAAUCUAACAGCAUCCAGAGUAGACGGUGGGUGGUGAGGAUGAGAAGACCGCAUUUCAGGUGUGGAAAGGCUGAGAGGUCUUCGAAGAAGAGGUCCACGGUUGUAAGGGGUGGAGGACAACGGUUGUCCACGGUCUUUGGAGAAGAGGUCCACGGUGAGGAUGUCGUUAAGGUCCUACAUAACAGUGGUGGGGACGUCGCGAUGGGCCCAUGUGGAGAGCGAGUCAAGUAUUGCGCUUGUAAAGGAGGAUGGGAAGAGCAAGAUGGUGUCGCGGUUCACGAUGGAGUUGCAGGGAUUGAAGGCUGUGGAUGUGGGGGAUUUGCACAACAGUGUGAGGGUGGAGGUCCACGGUUGUCCAAAGUCUUCGAAGAUGAGGUCCACAGUUGUCUACGAUCUUCGGAGAGGAGGUCCAUAGUUGGCAACUGGAAGAAAGUUCCCGACCAUGAUCUCUGA